AUGGAGUGCCCGCACCUUACGACCAGUGUUUGCAUUGCUCCGGACUCCGCUGCCUUCCCCAGCGGCUCCCCCUCUUCGUGGUGCUGCAGCGUAUGCCGUUCAAAUAAAAGUCCAUGGGUCUGUCUGACAUGUUCCAGCGUGCACUGUGGAAGGUAUGUGAAUGGCCAUGCCAAGAAGCAUUAUGAAGAUGCCCAAGUGCCACUUGCCAACCACAAACAAUAUGAAAAGGUAGAGAAGGAAAAAACCCAGCACACUGUUUGUAUGGACUGCAGUAGCUACAGUACAUUUUGUUACCGUUGUGACGACUUUGUAGUGAAUGACACAAAGAUGAGUUCCGUCCAGAAAGUUCGAGAGCAUUUACAGAACCUAGAAAACUCUGCAUUCACAGCAGAUAGGCACAGAAAGAGGAAAUUCUUGGAAAACUCUCCACACAAGAAAAUACUUAAAUUAAAUGGAAGUACCACGAUGCUCUGUGCUACUGGUCUGCGGAAUCUUGGAAAUACCUGUUUCAUGAAUGCAAUCCUGCAGUCAUUAAGUAACAUUCAACAAUUUUGCUGUUACUUCAAGGAGCUACCAGCAGUGGAACUUCGCAAUGGAAAAACUGCUGGUCGACGGAUGUACCAUACACGGAGUCAGGGAGAAGUUAAUGUGUCAUUGGUUGAAGAGUUCCGGAAAACUCUGUGUGCAUUGUGGCAGGGAAAUCAAACUGCAUUUAGUCCAGAUUCCUUAUUCUAUGUGGUAUGGAAAAUCAUGCCAAACUUCAGGGGUUAUCAGCAGCAAGAUGCUCAUGAGUUCAUGCGCUAUUUAUUGGACCACUUACACCUAGAACUUCAAGGGGAACUAAAUGGCUCCAGUCAUUCAGUCAUAUCACAGGAGAACACAAGCCGGCCUUCAAGCAGCAAGUGUUGUAUAAAUGGAGCAACAACAGUGGUGACCUCAGUGUUUGGUGGAGUUCUGCAGAACGAAGUAAACUGCCUAAUUUGUGGAACAGAAUCCCGAAAGUUUGACCCAUUUUUAGAUCUCUCUUUAGAUAUUCCCAGUCAAUUCCGCAAUAAACGUAGUAAGAACCAAGAAAAUGGACCAACCUGCACGCUCAGAGACUGCCUGCGCAGUUUCACAGACCUGGAGGAGCUAGACGAGACAGAGCUCUACAUGUGCCUGAAAUGCAAAAAGAAACAGAAAUCCACCAAAAAAUUUUGGAUCCAGAAACUACCAAAGGUGCUAUGCUUACACUUGAAAAGAUUCCAUUGGACAGCAUACCUUAGAAACAAAGUGGACACAUAUGUAGAAUUUCCUCUGCGAGGAUUGGACAUGAAGUGCUUCUUAUUAGAGCCAGAAAAUAUGGGCCCAGAAAGUUGUCUUUAUGAUCUAGCAGCUGUAGUUGUCCAUCAUGGCUCAGGGGUUGGCUCUGGUCACUACACAGCAUAUGCCACCCAUGAGGGUCGCUGGUACCACUUCAAUGACAGUACAGUAACCCUGACAGAAGAGGAGACUGUGGGAAAAGCAAAAGCCUAUAUUUUGUUUUAUGUGGAGCGUCCAGUCCCUGCCACUCCGGAAAAACUUUAA